AUGUCUGCUGGUGCUCUCUCCGUCGUCCCCGCCGGUGUCCUUUCGGGCCCCGACACCAAGAAGCUCUUCGACCACGCCAAGGAGAACAAGUACGCCAUCCCGGCCAUUAACGUUACCUCGUCGUCGGUUGUCAACGCCGUUCUCGAGGCCGCCCGCGACAACAAGUCGCCCAUCAUCCUCCAGGUCUCGCAGGGUGGCGCCCACUUCUUCGGUGGCAAGGGCCUCUCCAACUCGGCCAAGCAGGAGGGCUCGAUCGCCGGUGCCAUCGCCGCCGCUCACUUCAUCCGCGCCAUCGCCCCCGCUUACGGUGUCCCCGUCGUGCUCCACACCGACCACUGCGCCCACAAGCUCCUCCCCUGGUUCGACGGCAUGCUCGACGCCGACGAGGCCUACUUCAAGGAGCACGGUGUCCCCCUCUUCUCGUCGCACAUGCUCGACCUCUCGGAGGAGUCCAAGGAGGACAACAUUGCCACCUGCGUCAAGUACUUCAAGCGCAUGGCUCCCAUGGGCCAGUGGCUCGAGAUGGAGAUCGGUAUCACCGGCGGUGAGGAGGACGGUGUCGACAACACUGGUGUCGACAACGCCUCGCUCUACACCCAGCCCGACGACGUUUACGACGUCUACAAGGCCCUCCAGCCCAUCUCGCCCAACUUCUCGAUCGCCGCCGCCUUCGGCAACGUCCACGGUGUCUACAAGCCCGGAAACGUCAAGCUCUCGCCCGAGCUCCUCGAGAAGCACCAGGCUUACGCCGCCGAGCAGCUCAAGCAGGCCGCCGGCUCCAAGCCCAUCUACCUCGUCUUCCACGGCGGCUCCGGCUCGACCAAGGAGGAGAUUGCCACCGCCGUCAACAACGGUGUCGUGAAGAUGAACGUCGACACCGACACCCAGUGGGCCUACCUUUCGGGUGUCCGCGACUUUGUCCUCAACAAGAAGGACUACCUCCUCAGCCAGGUCGGCAACCCCGACGGCGCCGACAAGCCCAACAAGAAGUACUACGACCCCCGUGUCUGGGUCCGCGAGGGUGAGAAGACCCUUGUCGCCCGUGUCAAGGAGGCCUGCACCGACCUCGGCAACGUCGACCGCCUCUAG